AUGAGUGGGCCGGGGCUGCUGGGGCCCGGUGGCGGCUCGGGGCUGCCGCCACUGCCCAAGAGCCUGAGCGGGCUGCUGAACUCUUCCUCAUCCGGCGGCGGCGGCCAGGGCGGGCGCUGGCGGGAUCUGGAGCGGCUCUACGCUCAGAAGUCCCGCAUCCAAGACGAGCUGAGCGGCGGCGGCCGGGGCUCGCCGCGGCCGCCGAAGCCUCCUAACCUGGACGCGGCGCUGGCCCUGCUCCGCAAGGAGAUGGUUGGCCUCCGGCAGCUGGAUAUGUCAUUACUGUGUCAGCUCUACUCCCUUUAUGAAUCAAUUCAAGAAUACAAAGGUGCCUGCCAAGCUGACUCUAACGCAGACUGUACAUAUGCUCUGGAAAAUGGUUUUUUUGAUGAAGAGGAGGAAUACUUCUAG